AUGGCCGUAUUUCUUCAGGAAGCUGUGCUUGAUACCUUCUUCGCUCGUUUAAUCAACCUCGCAAUCUAUCACGCGUUCUUCGCAGCAACAAAAUGUCAAAUCAACGCAAUGAAUGGCCGCUUCCCCCCCAUAAUUCAACAACAGCAGCAGCGCCUCUUUUCAGUCUGCUACUCCCUCCCUCCAACCACUUCCUCUCUCCCUUCCCUUUCCAUCACCCAUCUCAGAAUCGCGACUCACGUCAACAGAAUCGUUUCAAAUCGAGACUCCGAGGCGUCGCUCACUCAUGAAGCCCCGCGACAGCAAUAUCACGCCAUCUACAUACAUCUUCCCGAUCUUCUCGCGUCCACGCCAACGCCGACGCGACACUUCCUCAUCACUUGCCCUCAAAGUCGCUUCCGCGCGCGAUACACGUCUGAACCGCCCACGCUCACGGUGAAGCUGAUCUAUGGCCAUACAAAACUCCUAGUUUUGCUGCAAUGA